AUGAAGAAUGAUUGUGCUGAACGGCCUUGCGCAUUGAAUGCAACUUGUGUGGAUUUGGUGAAUGACUUCCAAUGUCGGUGCCCAAAAGGAUUUACUGGAAAGAGAUGCAAUGUGAAAGUUGAUUUGUGUGCAUCGGAUUCAUGUGUGAAUGGGCUUUGUGUAGACACACUCUUUGCAAGACAAUGCAUUUGCGAACCUGGAUGGACGGGCGAUGUGUGCGAUGUUAACAUUGACGACUGUGCCACAGAGCCAUGCCAGAAUGGAGCCACUUGUCAUGAUAUGGUGAAUGGUUUCUCUUGUUCUUGUCUCAACGGAUACCAUGGUUCUCGCUGUCAACUCGUUGAUGAUCAUUGCGCUCUUCAACCAUGCAGAAACAAUGCAAGUUGCACAAAUGGUGGUCCAACUUAUACAUGUGCUUGUCCACUCGGAUUUGAAGGAGUGCAUUGUGAGAGAAAUAUCGAUGAAUGUGCUACAAUCGGAAAGUGCCAUCCAAAAGGGACAGAGGCUUGUGUUGAUGGAAUUAACUCAUUUACUUGUCAAUGUCGACCUGGAUAUACUGGACAAUAUUGCGAAACACACAUCGAUCAGUGUGCUUCAUCGCCAUGUCAAAACAAUGGAACGUGCACGGAUUUCGGUGCCAUUUUCAAAUGCGUUUGUGCUCGGGGAUGGACUGGGGAUCGGUGUGAAAUCGAGUCAGGUGCCUGUGAUCUGAAGCCGUGCAAGAAUGAGGGUCGUUGUGUAAAUAUCGUGAGCGACUAUUUUUGUGUUUGUCCAGAAGCUAGCUUUCAAUCCAGGGGUAUCGGGAAAGACUGCGAAGUGGCCCCCAAUCGAUGUCUCGGAGAGCCGUGUCACAAUGGCGGUGUUUGCGGGGACUUCGGAUCGCGUGUCGAAUGUUCUUGUCCAAAACAAUUUACUGGUGCUGGAUGUCAGUUUUUGACAGAGCCGUGUGCGCUCGGUACUUGCUUAAACAAUGGAACUUGCACUCUCAAAGGCAAUGGAGGAUUCAAAUGUGAAUGUCCAGCAGGCUUCACUGGAAUUCGUUGUGAAACGAAUAUCGAUGAGUGUGCUUCACAACCAUGUUCUUUAUCAGCGACAUGUAUCGAUCAAAUUGAUGGAUUCCACUGUAAAUGCCCAUUCAAUGUCACUGGACCUAAUUGUGAUAAGGCUGUUGAUGUUGAUUAUGAUUUGCAUUUCUUCGACCCGAUUCGAGGAGCAUCAGCUAGUCAAGCAAUUCCACUCCCCACCUUGCUCAAAGCUUUUACUAUUUCCCUGUGGGUACAGUUCUCUUCAGCUGAAAGUCGAGGAACCGUGAUGACACUUUAUAACUCUAGUGCUCCAUUCCAAUCAAUGGAUUUAUCUGAGUUGCUUUCGGUGACAUCAUUUGGUGUAAAAGUGAAUUUGUUCCCCGAAGAAGCAUCACUUCAAAUGUCUUGGCCUGCUUUACAACAAAUAAACGAUCGACGUUGGCACCAUUUGGUGUUCACUUGGAAUUCGGAUAAAGGUGCCUAUUCACUUCUAUGGAAUGCAGUCUCUGUUUACUCUGAUAAAGGAUAUGGUAUUGGAAAGACUCUCAAGGCCAACUUAUUUGUGACUCUGGGUGAGCCAAGAGUCCCAACCUCUUUAAUGGAGGGAUUUUCGGGAUCAAUCACUCGAGUAAAUGUCUGGGAUAGAGCACUUGAUAGAGAGAUUGACGUGGCACCUCUUGUAGCGGAAUGUCAAGGAACUGAGUUGGAAAAGUCGAAAAAAAGGGCUCGCUCUACAUGUGGUAGAGAAGUUCGAAAUGAAGGAGUACAAGAGAUUCGGAUUCAGAAUUGUCCUUUGGAUAUCUUUGCUGUCUCAUCACAAAGAGAAGUCAACGUCACAUGGGAAGAACCAAUCUUUGUGUCACCGAAUGAAAUUACCCGCAUUGAGAAGAGUUUCAAACCGGGAACGUUGCUUCCCCAUGGACACUAUCAUGUUCUGUAUGUGGCGCAUGACAAUGCACAAAGAUCAGCCGUUUGUAGUUUUUCUAUUCGUGUCUCUCGAGAGCACUGCCCAGAAGUCUCUGAUCCAGUAAAUGGCCUUCAAGUCUGUGAAGCAUGGGGACCAAAUCUUCGAUUCAAGGCUUGUUCAAUUGAAUGCCGUGAGGGUUUCGCCUUUUCUCGGCCUCCUCCUGUUUUCUAUGCUUGUGCCGCUGAUGGUUUUUGGAGACCCCGCCCGGAUCGAGCUCUUCACUUCAAAUAUCCACAGUGUACAAAAUCAAUUCCGGCAACUCGAUCGGUGCAAUUGAACGUUCAAUAUCCGGCCGCUUCGUUGUGUAACGAGGCUCAUCGAGAUGCUUUGAUUGAAGAACUGAAAAAACGGAUCGAUUCGAUUAAUGCUAAAUGGGAUUUUUGCAGUGAAAAAGCUGAAAUGGGUGGAUGUGCUGGAGUACAAUUGAAUGUUGAGUGUUUGACUGGUAGAGAAGCAGCCGCUCGGUUGCGUCGCGAACAACCAAACAAUUCGCAUAUCUUCCAUGUUCAUGUCGAGAUUCCUGUGAAAAGAGAUUUGGUUACAUCAUCAGCAAAUGGGGAAAAGACUCGUGUAAUCGAGGCUCUCCAAAGAGAUAUUCUCUUAUUGGGAGCUCUUGAUAUUUCAUCAGCUGUUCCACAUGCUCGUCCCGAUCUCGGGGCACUUCGUCUAAUCGAGAAAUUCUCUUGUCAACGAGGAAGUGUUACUGUUGAUGAUCUAUGCGUACCUUGUGCUCCGGGAAGUCGAUUCUCUGCCGAGCAUUCAGAGUGUCAAUUGUGUCCUAUUGGUUUUUAUCAACCGCUAAAUGGCCAAUCAGAAUGCAUCACAUGUGGAGCCGGUAAGACAACAAUGGUCGAAGGAUCAACAAGUGGAGAAGAAUGUAAAGACGAUUGCCCACCUGGACAUCUCUUUGAUUUGAUUGUCUCACAAUGUAGACCUUGUGGAUUUGGCUUUUAUCAGCCAUCUGGAGGAUCCUUUGAAUGUUCUGCUUGUGGAGUGGGUAAAACUACUCUGACGGAGAGAAGCACAAGUGAAGAUGAAUGCAGAGAUGAAUGCCCAGAUGGAGAGCAUAUCUCAUCGUCUGGAAUGUGUCAACCAUGUCCUCUAGGAACUUAUCGAACACGAGGAGAACAUAAAGAGUGCAUCACUUGCCCACCUGGAACAACAACACAAACUACAGCAGCUAUUCGUAGAGAGCAAUGUGAUACACCUCGAUGUGUUCGAGGACAAUUUCUUGUUGUUGCAUCAAGACAAUGUCAAUUCUGUCCUCGAGGAACUUUCCAAGAUGAAGAGCAACACACGUCGUGUAAAUUAUGCGAUCCUGAUCAUACAACAGCGGCACAAGGAGCCACAGCAAGAUCACAAUGCUAUUCGACAAAUCAAUGUGCAACUGGAGAAGACAAUUGCUCUUGGCACGCCUCUUGUAUUGAUCUUCCCGAUGAAAAUGAUGUUCCCUCAUUUACUUGUAGAUGUAAACCUGGGUAUAGAGGCAAUGGCACGCAUUGCUAUGAUGCGUGCACAAACUUCUGUUUAAACGAUGGUGUUUGCAAGAAAACCCCCACUGGACAUGUCGAGUGUCUUUGCAAGGACAACUUUAGAGGAGAACGAUGCGAAGUCCGUUUCACUCCUCGUUCCCAGCGUGUUGCGCAGAUCUCGGUGGGAGUGGGAGCUGUUGUUUGUGUAUUGAUUCUUGUUGUUUGUCUCAUCUACAUGAUCUCCUGCCGAUCCAAUAGGGUACAAGAGCUUCCAGAAAAGCCGUCACUAGCUGACACAGUUCAUUCAAAUUUCCUCUUUGCCCGACCACCACCAAUGGAAACUCCACGACCCAUUGGCUACUAUUAUGAAGAUGAUGAUGAAUACGAAACAAGAAGUAUUUUGUUGGUGGAGCUGAUUCGUCACAUCAUGCGACAA